AAAUUAAAAAGCAGAUUCAUUUUUUAAGGAUCUAGAACCAGAACUGGACUCUUUUUAAAUUAUCAUUUGGUGGUGGUUAUUUUGUAUGUUUGUGCGAGUUUUUUUCUUCUUCUUCGAAGGAUUUGGGAAAGGAAGGGUGAUUCCCCCUCCCCCUUUUUAACAAGGAUGCUGAUCCAUCUUGGAUGCUUUUGAUGAAGCAACAGCAGCGAAACUUCGCCAGACUUCUCGUUCCAGCAGCUUCAAGCCUCGAGCGAUUACUGAAAUGCUCCAGGAGAAAAGUUUGUCUGAGCCGGAGGAUGGAUUUGCUGCACCCCAGGUCCCUGGCCAUUCUGAAACCACCACGAGUUCCCCUGUUCUGGGUGUAGCGGGAGUCAGCAGUACGCCUCUAAACAGCCCUCAGGGUCCAGAUCCAGAGCAGACCAUUGAGAACAUCAAGGUGUACCUGCAUGAGAAAGAACUAUGGAAGAAAUUUCACGAGGCUGGCACAGAAAUGAUCAUUACUAAAGCUGGAAGGAGGAUGUUUCCAAGUUACAAAGUUAAAGUCACUGGGAUGAACCCCAAGACCAAGUACAUCUUGUUGAUUGAUAUUGUUCCUGCAGACGAUCACCGGUACAAAUUCUGCGACAACAAAUGGAUGGUGGCAGGUAAGGCUGAGCCUGCGAUGCCAGGGCGAUUGUAUGUCCACCCAGAUUCACCUGCCACAGGAGCGCACUGGAUGCGCCAGCUGGUGUCAUUUCAGAAGCUAAAGCUCACCAACAACCACCUGGAUCCCUUUGGACAUAUCAUCCUUAAUUCUAUGCACAAAUACCAGCCAAGGCUGCACAUUGUGAAAGCAGAUGAGAACAAUGCAUUUGGCUCCAAGAACACAGCUUUCUGCACUCACGUGUUUCCAGAAACAUCCUUUAUAUCCGUAACAUCCUAUCAGAACCACAAGAUAACUCAACUGAAGAUAGAAAACAACCCGUUUGCCAAGGGCUUUAGAGGCAGUGAUGACAGCGACCUACGUGUGGCAAGAUUACAGAGCAAAGAGUAUCCAGUGAUCUCCAAAAGCAUAAUGAGGCAGAGGUUGGUGUCAACUCACGGCCAGCUUUCCACUAAAUCUGACGUCAACUCGCUCCAUGGGAGCCACCAGGGUCUCCAGCAUUACCAGUAUGAGAAUGGUGCUCACAUGCAGUUUGCAGCAUCAGAUGCCCAAGACCUGCCCCUCAACACCUUCACGGCACAAAGAGAAUCGGGGCUCUUCUAUCACUGCCUGAAGCGGCGAGAGGGUGCCCGGCAUUUGGAUUUACCCUGCAAACGCUCUUAUCUGGACGCCUCCUCUUCUGUCGGGGAAGAGCACUAUUUUCGGUCACCACCUCCGUAUGACCAGCAAAUGCUGAGCCCCUCCUACUGCAGCGACGUGACACCGCGGGAGGCGUGCAUGUACUCCAGCUCCGGUGCUGAAAUUGCAGGUGUCUCAUCAGUAGAAGACUUGCCUCCUCCUCCUCCUCCUCCACCUUUGAGCUGCAAUAUGUGGACCUCAGUUGCACCUUACACCAGCUACAGUGUUCAGACAAUGGAAACUGUCCCCUACCAGCCGUUCCCUGCUCACUUCACAGCUACCACCAUGAUGCCGCGUCUACCCACCAUCACGAACCAGAGUUCCCAGCCGCCGGGCAACAGCCCCUUCACAGUCUACAAUCAGCUUUCACAGUCUCAGGCCCGGGAGAGAGUCCCUGCGCCCUCCUUCCCAAGGGAACGGGUGCACCCUUCAGUGUGCGAGAGGAAGCCCCCCUCUCCCCACUUAGGCGCAGCCAAUGAAUUCCUCUACUCUCAGACCUUCUCGCUGUCCAGGGAAUCUUCUUUACCGUAUCAUUCAGGAAUGGGGACUGUGGACAACUGGCCUGAUGGAUGAUUCCUGCAGCUGGGCAGUGAACCUAAAAAUUACGGUUAAGAGUCAAUGCUCCAGGACAAUGUUAAUUCAGUGUUAAUACCUGUGGGUAACUUGCACUUCCGUGACACUGACAAAAAACAUCGGUGUUUGUGUAGCUGAAGAGCUUGUUUUCUGUUAGGCACAAAAGCAGCUCAGUCUUGGGGGAGGGGGAGGGGGAAAAAACCCAGUUC